AUGAGCGGAGCGCAGAAAGAAUAGAGCCCCCGCUUGAUUGGAAAGUACUAGGGAAAUGCAGGAGGUUUUCAGGAAGCCAUUUUUAAAGACGUAACAGCACUAUAACCGAUUACGAUAAGUACAGAUUCAUAGAAGAUUUAGAGAGGGAGAAAAGCAUUUAUUGCGAUAGCGGGCACGUCGACGAGUUUUUCAAGAGGCCUUCGUCUCAAAGCAGACAGUACUAGUAAAAGCCUUACAACAUGACCAUAAAGAGCAACAUGCGUUUCUGCUUGCGUGUGCGAAAAUUUCUCAGGUCCUGAGAGGGGGAGGACUGUGACGCAAUACGUACUGCAUGGUUAAGAAGAAAAGAAGGUCGCCGAGAAUCUCGAACUCCGCACUCCCGUUUCGUGCAGCAGCGUCUCCGGCUCUUUCAAUUCCGCGCUUCCUACGAAGAAUCGAUUAUUCGAUGAGGCGCAUUCUACAGGACGCGAAAAUACGACACUGGUAGGACAACGCAAAGCGAGACACCGCCUAACAGAGCCCGCCAUGACAAUGACGAAGCAAGAGGUAGAACUUACCAACAGAACCCCAGGUGAAAAGAACAGAGAAGAAGCGCUACACACGACAAAAUUGCCAGUUCCUGUGAGAACACCGGGAAAGUCUCCCUCAAAAUGGUGGGUGUGUUUAGAUUUCGUAAGCGUGCUCACUGUCCUAUACAUGUUUGGCGUGAUCGGGUUCAGUGCGGGAAUAAGUAUAGCGGCGUUCAUCCACAUGCGCGGUUCGAUUGCACUGCUGCGGUCCACAUACCGGGUCUCAAGUGGAGAGGUACUACCUCGUGGUGUUUUUUUGUUUAAUCUAAUCUGUGUAUCGAACAAACCCUCCUAGACUCUAUGCUCCUUUUUCGUUUUCGUCGUUUGGCUAUCAUCCCACCAAGUAGUUGUUAGUGUCAUCAACACUUGCCGCUAGAAGGUCUCGUGUAAUUUUUGUCUUCUUCAAAAUCAAUUUCUAAGUCAAUGCCAAUACCGCUUCUUUUUUCAAAAAUUCUAGUGCGAGGGAACGGGAUUUCUGUGUGUAUCCGCUAAAGCUGUCGGACUUCGCACAUUGGCUGUCUGCUUGCGCCUAGCAUCGACGCUUCAAUAUCAAGGAUACCUUCCCGCAGAUUUCACGGGCGACGGUCCGUACCAAUUGACAGAGAUAGUCUUCGUAAUCUGCUCAUUCAAAGCGCUGCGAAACUGGCCUGAUAUCGCUGCUUUGAAAAGGAAGCUGCAGAAGCAGAAGCGAGAAACUUUGGUGACGCCGGAACAACUGAAGACAAGGCAGGUGCACGUGCGAUCAGAGAGUGAAGGAGCACCCGAGCCAACGCAAGAGGUACAAGUCUAUUAAUCUAAGAGCUGCCUUUCACUUUGCGUUUGCUUUGACCCUAAAUUUGACGUUUUUUCAUUUAGACGUUUCUUACCUAACACGGAGGCCUAUUGGAGGUGCGAGCACCCCCCCUGUCUCUUCCACCUUUGGAGCCUGGGGUGUGGUACGCCAAGGGCGGAGGCAUCCCGUCGACUACUCAUAUUAGGCCAUCUCACUAUUCGAUCUUAUGCGAGUUCGUCUUUGCCUUUUCUCUUGACAGCUCCUGACGAGCGGUGAGGGUGAGAGAAGCGUCCUUAGUUCUAUUCCUCGUGCACAACGCAUCCCCUUCAAGCUCAAAUUAUACUGAUCAGGGACUACCAGCAUGGAGCACUCAACUAACCUUCAUUUAGACGUUUCUAGCAAGUCUCAUAACAUAUUAAUGUUAACCAGUGUAUAACAGUCAAAAAAUAAAGCAAGACCUUCAUGGAAGGCAAUGCAAACACCUCUUGCUAGGCACAUUCAUUCAUUCAUUCAUUCACUCACUCACUCACUCAUUCACUCAUUCACUCACUCACUCACUCAUUCACUCAUUCACUCAUUCACUCAUUCACUCAUUCACUCAUUCACUCAUUCACUCAUUCACUCAUUCACUCAUUCACUCAUUCACUCAUUCACUCACUCACUCACUCACUCACUCACUCACUCACUAACUCGCUCACUCGUUCUCAUACACAUAUGUCUUGUGUAGUUCACACAACACGCAACUGCGAGAAUUCUGAAAAAAUCAGGAGCUGGAGACGAUGGUAAAUCAAGUCGAAAGCAGCAUAGAACAGUACAACUCUGCAAGCGACAAAGAAGAGUCUUCACAGAAGAAACGAAGACGGUUUUCCUGUUGCGGAAUUCAAAUGCCGAGCUUUACCUUCAUGAACUAUUAUGGCACUCGCGUACUCUUACCGUGGUACUAAUACGACAGUCUAGGUCUACUGACUUACUACUUUCCUGCGCGACAUGCUAUGAGGGCACUCAACCACAAAUUCAGAAGAACCACAAGGUAUAAUUGAGCACUCGAACAAGGCCGGUUUCGGAUACUUAUUCUGCAGUUGUAGUGUAUUGGUUUACGGCAGUUUAGUGGACUACACGUUCUAAUACUACAAUAAUCCUGAGGACUCACAGCGCAUGGGACGGACCAUUUUCUGGUGCUUUUUUCUUGGAUUGGGCUUCGCGGCAGAUCUCGAUAAUCGCAUUUUCUAUGAUUCGCUAUGGAUGACCUCACAAGCACUUGAAGCAGCAGCACUUAUGACGCAAGUCACCCUGGCCCGGAAAUUUAGUACAAACAAGGAAAAUGAAAAACCCUUACCACCUACGUUUUACUUACGUCUGGAAUUUUAACACGACAAAAUAGACUGAAUCAUGGCUAGAAAAACACGAUUAACAUCAACAUUUUUGAGAUCAUUUUGCAAAUGUAGAUGUCUCGCAAAAACUCCACCAUCCCCCCACUUCUUCAUCAGGUAAGACAUAUUUUCUUCUUGAAUCCGUAGUCGUAGUUGAUACGGUAUUGCGUGAACCGGUCUUGUGGUUUUGGAUUGCCGAGAGCUUGUCAGCACUCUAUUGGUUUGGAUUUAGUGGGGUGCGGGAGUUCGACAAUGCCGCAGAGGGGCUCACCGCGGAGGGAAUUUUUCUCUUCAUGACCAAGCUUGUUGGGUUCAUGUUCGCGUGGGAGUGCUUCGAUACUUCACAGCAAUUUUGGCUUGAAACCCCAAGACAACAUCUGAAUAAGGUUCUACAGAAAGCUGGAAACUUUGUUUAGAUUGAAGUUCUAGCUCCUUAUGUUUGGACUUCAAGUCCUAGUCCAGGACUUGUAGAAAUGUUGGAGCAUGGGCACCGUAGGGAGGUAGUUGGCAUUGUAGUCAUGGCUUUUCUUUGGCACAAAUGUUUUUUUUUAUUCGUGCAAAUAUUCGGAAUAUUAUAUAUUUGUUUAUUGUUAGAUCAGCUACAACUGGGUCUACAACUCCAAUCUAAUAUUGUGAUAAUGAAAAUGAUACUCUAUUUAUAAUUCAUUGUGCCUGAAGAUCCGGCUCAUUCGUCUCCAACUCAACAAUCAACAUAGACAACUGUAGUGUCUGAGUAACAUCCAAGAUACUUAGGUAUAGCGGCUCAGUAUGUCGAAGUGCAUGGAGCGGGGAGGGGUUGAUCACAAGUCUAAGUUUGAAGUAGCACAAGAACAUCAAGCUCAUUGUAGUUACAAUCAGCAGGGGAGCAAACAGAAUCGAUGAUGGCACUUUUUUGCGAAACAACAGCUGUUGUUACAAAAUGUGAGUCUAGUUGUAGAGCAACAGUUUAUAUCUCGUGCUAUGGUUAUGCAGGAGCAGGACUGUGACUCCUGUCAUCAAGCCGGAUGAUGUGGACGUGGGAAAUAGAAGCAGAAGCUGUGCUUGUUGCGUCG